AUGUCCGAAAAAGCAGAGAUUGCCAUGACUGAGGAUGUCACUGACCUCAACCAAGAUGCGACCUACAAGUCUCUGAACAGGAAAUGGGAUUUUCGCAUUCUACCUGUGCUAUUCCUAAUCUUCUUCUCUUCCUUCCUCGAUCGCGCCAGUAUCGGCAACGCCAGUAUUGCUGGGCUGGGGAAGGACCUCAGCUUGAAAGGACAGUCCUACAAUAUCGCCCUGGCGCUGUUUUUCGUCGUCUACCUUCUUGUGGAUGUGCCUGCAGUGUGGUUGUUCAAGAUUGUGGGCCGUGGCCGAUUCCUGUCAGCAAGUGUCGUUUGCUGGGGCUGCACUACUCUGGGAAUUGGCUUCGUCACCAAUGAAGCUCAACUAUAUGCUUUGAGAUGCAUGCUAGGUUUCUUCGAAGGAGGAUUGACGCCGUGUCUGUUCCUUUAUCUUGGACUAUUCUACUCUCGAUACGAGCUACAGUCCCGGAUUGCCUGGUUCUAUAUAUCAGCACCCCUGAGUAAUGCCGUUGGAGGUUUGCUGGCUUCGGGCCUUGGUCAGAUCCAUGUCGGCCGCUACAGGACCUGGCGAUGGAUUUUCAUCGUUGAAGGCGCAGCCACAAUCCUUCUGGGCUUCUUCUGCUGGUUCGUCUUGCCAAACAAGCCGUCCGACGCAGGCUACUUGACUGCUGAAGAAAAGGUCGUGGCUGAAGCCCGCCUUGCCGAGAACACAAAUAGCUUUGGCAACGAGGCGGAACAAAGGGAGAAGUUUAACAUCAAAAAGGCAGGACGUGGCAUCUUUGAUCAGAACACGAUUCUCAUUGCCGUCGCAUCGUUGGGCAUUUACUGCAACGUCUACGCCUACUCGCUCUUCUCACCGACCAUCAUUCGGCAAUUUGGGUACAGUGUCGUCGAUUCACAGCUCCUCUCAGCUCCGCCCUAUGUGCUUGCAGCAAUCUGGGUGCUCGUUAGCUGUUAUCUUUCGGACCGCCUUCGCUUGAGAGGGCCAUUUAUGCUCUUCGGCAGCGUGUUGCUCAUCAUCGGUUGGACGAUCCAGCUGGCAUGCCAUGGGACGGGCGUGCGCUACUUUGGCCUUUUCGUCGUCGCUGUUGGGGCCUUUGGAUCUAUACCGCCUUCGUUGACUUGGCUGAUCAACAAUGUUCAGCCGGAGAUCUCCAGAAACACCGCCACGGGUUUGGUCGUCGCUUUCGGCAACGUCGGAGGAAUCAUUACGACUUUCACUUACAUGGGAUCUGGAGGACCGAAGACAGGAAAUGCAUUGCAGAUUGGAAUGAGUUGUUUGACCCUCGUCUGUACCGGGAGUCUAAUGAUGAUUAACAGCUGGGAAAACAAGAAGAGGGCACGUGGUGAGAGGGAUUAUCGCCUCACAAAUGGGAAGACUCCCGCAGAGCAGCUCGGAUCGCGUCAUCCAGAGUUCAGGCUGUGUCUAUGA